AUGGCCAGAGUCCACACUGCGGAGAAACCUUAUGAAUGCAAUCAGUGUGGAAAGACAUUCAGUAAGAGAUCCAAUCUUGCUGUACAUCAGAGAGUCCACACUGGAGAGAAACCUUAUGAAUGCAAGCAGUGUGGAAAGACAUUCACAAAUAACUCCAGUCUUGCUGCACAUCAGAGAGUCCACACUGGGGAGAAACCUUAUGAAUGCAAGCAGUGUGGAAAGACAUUCACAAAUAACUCCACACUUGCUGCACAUCAGAGAGUCUAUACUGGAGAGAAACCUUAUGAAUGCAAGCAGUGUGGAAAGACAUUCACACAUUACUCCAGUCUUGCUGCACAUCGGAGAGUCCACACUGGGGAGAAACCUUAUGAAUGCAAGCACUGUGGAAAGACAUUCACAAAUAACUCCACACUUGCUGCACAUCAGAGAGUCCACACUGGGGAGAAACCUUAUGAAUGCAAACAGUGUGGAAAGAGAUUCAGUCAGAGAUCCAAUCUUGCUGCACAUCAGAGAGUCCACACUAUGGAGAAACCUUAUGAAUGCAAGCAUUGUGGAAAGACUUUCAAACAGAGAUCUAAUGUUGCUAUACAUCAGAGAAUCCAUACUGGAGAGAAACCUCAUGAAUGCAAGCAUUGUGGAAAGACUUUCAAACAGAGCUUUGAACUUACCGUUCAUCAGAGAGUCCACACUGGGGAGAAACCUUAUGAAUGCAAGCACUGUGGAAAGAAAUUUACAAAUAACUCUAGACUUACUGUUCAUCAGAGAGUCCACACUGGGGAGAAACCUUAUGAAUGCAAGAUACCUGACAUGAACCUGAACUUGACUCAGAGCCACGCGGCUGCUUUUCAGGGAAAGGGGAAAGUGGCUUUGCUCGCCAUGUUUUUGCUGAUAUUGGCAGUUUGUUUUGACUGCCCUAUUACCUCCGAAGCUGCUUCAGCCAGUUUGAGCCAAGCCCGCUGGACCCUCCCUGGGUCCCUGGCUGUUUCCUGCCCAGUGCUUAUCCCAGCUCCUGCUCCUGCUGAUUCUGACUCUGCUGCCCACCUCAGUGCGCUGCCUGCUGCUGCUGCUGACUACUCCCAGCCAUCCAUCGCCCAGAGCUCCUCGGAGGAUCCCCAGGCGCUGCUCCUGGAGUUACUUCUGCUGCUUAAGACUUAG